GACUUUCUCAAAGGAAGGAUCAGACUUUGCAUUCAAUAAUGGGGCUAUUUGUUUUAUUCAUAUCCAUUGUUGAUUCGUUAUUGAAAUGAGAGGGGCAACAAAAAUAUAUCAACCUCAAAUAUGGUGAAGUGUUCUGAUGGCCAAGAUGUAUCGAAUUUUUUACUUGCUGCUCAUACUUCUGUGGUUUCGAAGAUCUGAUGGAAAAUGUGUAGAUGAAAGAUCAUCAGACUUAAUGGAAUGCGAUGCAAUGGAUGAAGACGCAAUUGAUAUAGGAAUGCGGGAGUAUGGAUGUGGUUUGAACCAUUUAAAAAUAAGGAAUUCCCACAUUCCACGUUUCCAGAUGCCUCUUGCUUGUGAUUACCUGCCACCUUCGUUAACCAUAAGAAAUUCAAGUGUUACAUCAUUUAUAUGCGAUGAUGACUGCUCUGAACAUAAAAUAAUUUUCGCUAUUUUGAGAGAAUUGGAUUUGAGUUUCAAUGAAAUAAGGGAACUCAGAUCCCUCGAAACAUCAAGAUAUUUGGAGAAACUUGUACUGCGGCACAAUAAAAUCAACUUUUUGAACGGAACACUGUUGGCCAAUUAUAACAAUCUCUUUCAUUUGGAUUUGAGUUAUAAUGAAAUCAAGAAAUUCACUGGAAUCGAGAACCAGGAAUUGACUUUCCUGAAUCUGAGCCAUAAUUUGAUAGAGGAUGUUGGGAAUUUAUUCUCCAAUUCGAAAACGGUUCGAGAAUUAGAUUUAAGCUACAACAAAUUAAGGAAGAUAUCCCUGAACGAUUUCAAAAACUUGAAAUACGUGAAGUAUUUGAGUUUGAGUAACAAUUUCAUUCACACCAUUGAACAUAGGACUGAUAAUGCAAUUUUUAUGCUUCAAAAUCCAUUUUGGACAUAUCAUUAUAGACCAGGUUAUCAGAUGUUAGAAGGGCCAUUUGAUAUGGAUUCGACGGUGUUGUUGAAUAUUGAAGGUAAUAAUUUGGAUGAUUUGAGUUUUUUGGUAAACCAGAUGGAGGGACGAGAGAUUCGUUGCAGUUCACUCAUUUUCCGCAAAAAUAUAAUCAAAGAACUUCAUCCUUUCAACUUCAGAGGUUUCAUAUCGGAUGUACUAGACUUAUCCUUCAACGAAAUAGAAUCAAUGGCUCCAACAACUUUUGCAGGAUUGACCUUGAAGAAAUUGUAUCUUGACCAUAAUAAGAUAACCCAUUUAAAUGAUUCCAUUUUCAGUCCUUUGUCCGGAUUAGAACUGUUGAAUCUAUCCUACAAUCCUCUCACAACUGUUGGUCAAACUGUUUUUGGUGUUUCAUAUCCAAAUGUUAUAGAUUUCAUAAUCCAGAUGGAUAGUAACCCCAUCCCAGUAAGUUCGCUAGUUUCAUUUGCACCAAAAAUCAAAUGGGAACGUUUGUACUUGACAAUCGACGGGAUAAUAGAGAAAAGAAGUUUCUUCAACUUGAUUUCAUUGGAGGAGCUGCAUAUCGUCAAUUCCAAUAUCACGGAAAUAAAAAAACACGCUUUCAAAGGACUUUCGAGACUGAAAAAGAUCAGUUUUGAAAACUCGACCGUUCUCAAAAUUGAACCUGGAGCUUUCUUAGGUCUGAUAAACGUUGUAGAUUUAGACAAGCAAAAUUUGUUCUACAAUAUAAGCACCCUUGAAGCUGAAACGUUCGUUGGUUUAAGCAGGUUAGAACGUUUGGAUCUUUCGAGAACCGGUAUUAGAGUAAUAGAAGAUGAAGCUUUUUUGGGCCUGGACUCUUUGAAAUUUUUGUACCUCAGUCACAACAAAAUCAAGUAUCUGUCGAGAAAUACUUUUGUCGGACUGAAAAAUUUGAAUAUUUUAGAUUUGUCCAAUAAUGAGUUAUCAACACUUUCAUCAGAAAUAUUUAGAGAUCUUGAAAAGUUGAGCCAUUUACAUCUUGAGCAUAACGCUUUAUACACAUUCGAUGUUGGAUGCUUUUCCAACCUCAGAAGCUUAGAAUUUCUGAAUAUAUCUCACAAUAACAUCAGAACUACUAAUUGGGGUUAUCCUGUGGAAAACCUUCGUGUUCUCGAUAUAAAUUUCAAUUAUAUUACUUCAUUUUAUAACUAUCUUAUCGAUCUUGAGUAUUAUAGGACAUUGAAAAAGAUAGGUAUAGGUGAAAAUUCAUGGUCUUGUGACUUUUUAAUCGAUGAAUUGCUUAAGUUCCAUAAAUAUUCUAUAGAUUACACGGAAUUGAGUAUACUCAAUUUUGAAGAUAAAAACAUCCACGGAAUCCAUCAUUGUUACAGGUAUCGAAUUUCCUACAUGCUGCUCAUACUUCUGUGGUUUCGGAGCUCUGAUGGAAAAUGUGUUGAUAAAACAGAUCAGGAUCAGGGCUAUUAUUAUAUGGAAUGCGAUUCGAUGGAUGAAGACGCAAUUGAUAUAGCGAUGAGGGAGUGUGGAUGUAAUUUAAUAUAUUUAUUAAUAAGGGAUUCCCACAUUCCACGUUUCCAGAUGCCUCUUGCUUGUGAUUACCUGCCACCUUUGUUAACCAUAAGAAAUUCAAGUGUUUCAUCAUUUAUAUGCGGUGAUGACUGCUCUGAACAUAAAACAAUUUUUGAUACAUUGACAGAAUUGGAUUUGAGUUUCAAUGAAAUAAGGGAACUUAGUUCCCUAGACACCCUUUUAUUUUUGAGGAAACUUGUACUGCGGCACAAUAAAAUCAACUUUUUGAACGGAACAUUGUUGGCCAAUUAUAACAAUCUCUUUCAUUUGGAUUUGAGUUAUAAUGAAAUCAAGAAAUUCACUGGAAUCGAGAACCAGGAAUUGACUUUCCUGAAUCUGAGCCAUAAUUUGAUAGAGGAUGUUGGGAAUUUAUUCUCCAAUUCGAAAACGGUUCAAGAAUUAGAUUUGAGCUACAACAAAUUAAGGAAGAUAUCCCUGAACGAUUUCAAAAACUUGAAAUACGUGAAGUAUUUGAGUUUGAGUAACAAUUUCAUUCACACCAUUGAACAUAGGACUGAUAAUGCAAUUAUUAUGCUUCAAAAUCCAUUUUGGACAUAUCAAGAUAGACCAGGUUAUCAGAUGUUAGAAGGGCCAUUUGAUAUGGAUUCGACGGUGUUGUUGAAUAUUGAAGGUAAUAAUUUGGAUGAUUUGAGUUUUUUGGUAAACCAGAUAAAGGGACGAGAGAUUCGUUGCAGUUCACUCAUUUUCCGCAAAAAUAUAAUCAAAGAACUUCAUCCUUUCAACUUCGGAGGUUUCAUAUCGGACGGACUAGACUUAUCCUUCAACGAAAUAGAAUCAAUGGCUCCAACAACUUUUGAAGGAAUGACCUUGAGGACAUUGUAUCUUGACCAUAACAAGAUAACCCAUUUAAAUGAUUCAAUUUUCAGUCACUUGUCCGGAUUAGUACUAUUGAAUCUAUCCUACAAUCCUCUCACAACUGUUGGUCAAACGGUUUUUGGUGUUUCAUAUCCGAAUGUUGUAGAUUUUUCUCACUGCCUACUUACCAAAAUUCCUCCUGGUAAUUUCACGGAACUUUUGUUGGAUUUCAAUGUAAUCCGGCAAAUCGAACCCAGCAAUCAACCCAUUUUCAAAGACGAGAUAACAUCCCUGAACAUUGUUAGUAACCCCAUCCCAGUAAGUUCGCUAGUUUCAUUUCCACAAAAAAAGAAAUUGGAACGUUUGUACUUAACAAUCGACGGAAUAAUAGAGAAAAGGAGUUUCUUCAACUUGAUUUCAUUGGAAGAGCUGCAUAUCGUCAAUUCCAAUAUCACGGAAAUAAAAAAACACGCUUUCAAAGGACUUUCGAGACUGAAAAAGAUCAGUUUUGAAAACUCGACAGUUCUCAAAAUUGAACCUGGAGCUUUCUUAGGUCUGAUAAACGUUGUAGAUUUCGACAAGCAAAAUUUGUUCGACAAUAUCAGCACCCUGAAAGCUGAAACGUUCGUUGGUUUAAGCAGGUUAGAACGUUUGGAUCUUUCGAGAACCGGUAUUAGAGUAAUAGAAGAUGAAGCUUUUCUGGGCCUGGACUCUUUGAGAAAUUUGUACCUCAGUCACAACAAAAUCAAGUAUCUGUCGAGAAAUACUUUUGUCGGACUGAAAAAUUUGAUUAUUUUAGAUUUGUCCAAUAAUCAGUUAUCAACACUUCCAAAUGGAAUCUUUAGAGAUGUUGACCAGUUGAGUCAUUUGCAUCUUGAGCAUAACAGUAUAACAAAAUUUGAUGCUGGAUGUUUCACCAACCUCAAAAGCUUGAUAUUCCUCAAUGUAUCUCACAAUCAAAUCACCAAUAUUGAAAAAUAUCUAUUUUAUCCUCUGAAAAAACUGGAGGUUCUCGAUAUAAACGCCAAUUUUAUUAGUGCAUUUGAUUAUUAUUUAUCUGAUAUUGAAUAUUAUAGGACAUUAAAAAAGAUAGGUAUUAGUGAAAAUUCAUGGUCUUGUGAAUAUUUGAUCAAUGUGUUGAUAAAUUUCGAUAAAUAUUCCAUAGAUUACACAGCCUUGAGUGUACUCAAUUUUGAAGAUCGAAACAUCCACGGAAUCCGUUGUAUUUGAGAAAAUGUAACCCAUUACCUUAUUUGUGAUUAAAUUACUCUCUUGAGACUAAA